CAAAGUUGUGUUCAAUUGGCACCCGGAGGGGGUGAAAAAUGUAUUUCAAUCUUUUUAAAUGGUCGACAGGGGUGUGGUGGUGGGGACUUCGCUGUCAAAGUACCUUCUUGAGAAGUCACGCGUUGUCUUCCAGGCCAAUGAGGAGAGGAACUACCAUGUGUUCUAUGAGCUGCUGGCGGGGAUGAACGACUGGGACAAACAGGAGCUCUAUCUGCAGGGAGCAGAGACAUACUACUACCUCAACCAAGGCGGGUUCUGUGAGCUGAAGGGGAAGCUGGACAAACAGGACUUCCUGUUGUUGGCCCAGUGCUUUGAGACGAUUGGUCUACACGCCGACCAGAUCUCCACAGUCUGGGCCAUCCUCUCCUCCAUACUACAGCUGGGGAAUAUCUGCUUCAGUUCCUACGAGAGUGAGUCGUUUGAGGUGGCCCGUAUCUUCAGUGAGGCAGAGGCCAGGAGAGUCGGUUCUCUCUUGCAGGUGUCUUCAGAGGCCCUACAGACUGUCAUCACACACAAAGUCACGGAGACAACCUAUGACAGGAUCUACUGCCCCCUGUCUGUGGAAAGUGCCAUAGAAUCCAGGUACUGACCGAGUCAUGCACUG